AAUACCAGUCCAAGAGUUGCAACAGCUAGCUGAUUUCAAUAAAUUUUUAUUGAAAUUAAUUUGGUUCAAUUAUUCAAUUAAUUAAAAUAAAACAAAAAAAGGACUAAAAACACCGACUAAUAUAUAAAAGUGCAAGAAUUAAAAGAAAAUCAUUAAGUGAAAAAAAUCUCACAAAUAAAUUUCAAAAAUCCUAAAGUAAAAAAAUCUAUCAAGUUCUUUUUAAUGCAGAAUCCUUCAUCCCUUGCUCAAGGAUGUAAAUUCAACAUUUAUUUUAGAAUAGACGAGACAGACAUACUCUGCAUUGUUUAAUGUGGAUUAUGAUGUGGGUGGCACAUGAAACUCACACUGAUGACAAAGUGUGAAAAUAUAUUCUAAAUUAAAGUGCUAAAUGUCAGAGAGAUUAGAAAUCACGAUUUACCACAUGAUUCCCUUUUUUGUCUUUAAGCCAUCUUCCCCUUGUCCCCCACAGGCGGGGGUGGCAAGAGGGUAUCCCCAUCGAUAUGGCGGAGAGACAAAUUCGUCAUCCAUCUGCACGAACUCACACAGAGGGGGUUUUCCACCCUCAGCAGGGGGUUGUUGCGGUGCGAGGAGUUUGAGGGGCACUUCACAUCAUUUUGGGGUGCAGGCCACGCCUCCGUGACGUCAUCGCCACCCCCGAAAAUGCUUUAGGGCGCCAACUCGCGGGGCGCCAUUUGCCGAGAAUGUGAGUAUAGAAAUAUUGAUGCGUCCUCGGAGGCUGGAGCAGAUUUGUGCGAGUCGCCAGUUGAGCUGGAGACUUGUGUGCUGACGGUGUGGAUCCCAUAGUUCUCGGUCCGUCCGACAAGAAGGAGAAAAAAAUCCUAAUUCAGCUGGGGUAGACCCCUUUCGACCAGCAACUACACCAUCGAAGCCCAAAAAAAGAAAAGGCAUAAAAUUCACGAAAAAAAGCCUACAAGUGUGGUUUUUCUCAAUAAGAAACGAAAGUUCCUUCACAAAUAAAAACCACAGAGAGUGAGGAAGUCCGCCAUUAAAAUUCACGAACAGAAAAAAGAAAAAAAGUGCUAAAAGAAAAUUGUGCAAGUGUUGAAAUUCUCGGCAAAUUUCUGUGAUUUCAUGUGCAAUUGAUACCCCCAAAAAGAGGAGAAAAUGGCAGUCAACCCCACGAAUUACAAAUUGUCGGAUCGGACGGCCAGACUUACGGCACAGGAUAUCCUGCCGCACCAAGUCAUGGCAGUACCCGAGACGAAAGAGUUCCUUCUCAAAGUAAUUGACAUCCUUCUGGAUUUUAUCCGUGCGACAAAUGAUCGCAAUGAGAAGGUACUGGAUUUCCAUCAUCCUGAAGAUAUGAAGAAACUCCUGCAGCUGGAGAUCCCCGAUAAUCCCGUCACGCUGCAGCAGUUGCUAGCCGAUUGUGCCAUAACACUGAAGUACCAGGUGAAAACUGGCCAUCCACAUUUCUUCAAUCAGCUCUCAUGUGGCCUCGAUAUUAUCUCGAUGGCCGGUGAGUGGCUAACAGCUACAGCCAACACCAACAUGUUCACCUAUGAGAUUGCACCAGUCUUCAUUCUAAUGGAGAAUGUUGUCUUGACGAAAAUGCGCGAAAUUAUCGGCUGGAAUUGCGGUGACUCCAUCCUAGCCCCCGGUGGCUCAAUCUCCAAUUUGUACGCCUUCCUGGCUGCACGCCAUAAGAUGUUCCCAGGCUACAAAGAGCAUGGGAGCCGUGCCCUCCCCGGAGACUUGGUCAUGUUCACGUCCGAUCAGUCUCACUACUCUGUCAAGAGCUGCGCUGCCGUCUGUGGCCUGGGUACAGACAAUUGUGUCAUGGUGCCUUCAGAUGAGCACGGUCGGAUGAUCACCACAGAACUGGAGCGUAUGGUGCUUGAGCGAAAAGCUAAAGGACAAAUACCAUUCUUUGUGUCUGCUACUGCUGGAACGACUGUGCUUGGUGCUUUUGAUCCACUAAAUGAGAUCGCUGACAUCUGCGACAAGUACAACCUUUGGCUUCAUGUUGAUGCUGCCUGGGGAGGUGGAUUACUCCUUUCACGGAAAUAUCGGCAUCCACGACUCUCUGGCAUUGAGAGAUCUCUCUCCGUGACUUGGAAUCCACACAAGCUAAUGGGGGCUCUUCUGCAGUGCUCCACAAUCCAUUUCAAGGAGGAUGGCCUCCUGAUGAGUUGCAAUCAGAUGUCAGCGGAGUACCUCUUUAUGACUGAUAAACUUUAUGAUUUGCAAUACGAUACAGGUGAUAAAGUGAUUCAGUGUGGACGUCACAAUGAUAUUUUCAAGCUCUGGCUGCAGUGGAGGGCUAAAGGAACCGAGGGAUUUGCCGAUCAUAUGGAUAGACUGAUGGAUUUGGCACAGUAUCAAGUGAAGAAGAUUAAACAGAAUCCCGAUAAGUUCUAUCUCAUCAUGGAGCCAGAGUGCGUCAAUGUGUCUUUCUGGUACAUCCCCAAGCGCCUCAGAGGUGUACCCCAUGAUUCCAAGAAAGAAGCUGAAUUGGGAAAGAUUUGUCCCAUUAUUAAAGCCCGUAUGAUGCAAACGGGUUCAAUGAUGGUUGGCUAUCAGCCAGACGAUCGUCGACCCAAUUUCUUCCGCUCAAUUAUUUCAUCGGCCGCCGUAACCGAGAAGGACGUUGACUUUAUGCUGGAGGAAUUUGAUCGAUUGGGGCACGAUUUGUAAGGAGGAAGUGCAAUAUUCCACCGAGAAACUGCCACAUUUGGAGAGAUUGAUGGUGCAAAAUGUAACACAAAAUAUUAUACGUUGAAGACGAUGAAGAUGAAAAAAAAAAUAUGGUUUGGACGCCCUUCACUUAAAAGAAAAAUAUGGGUGAGGGCGUCAGUUGUUCCGACAUAAACCUCCCGAGAAAAACCAAGGAUUAUCAUUUUGGACAACAUAUCAGAGCGUGUGAGGAGAAUGAGAGGCAAUGAGAAAAUUAUUUACUAUCGCUGAAAAAUUCUAUAAUAAUGACGAUGACAUUAAACCCAGAGACAUUGUAUUUUAACUGUUGCUGUUAUUGAAGUGAAAUUAUAAUCUAUUAAAUUAAAUAAUAUAUAUUUGAUGAUGAAAAAAAAA